AUGCAGCAGAGCCCCCCAGUAAUGUCCAAGCUGGCCUGGGUGAGGGAGGAGGAGGAAAGCCCUGAGACUGCUCCAGCACAGCAGUCUGAAGAAGGGCAGCACGUCCAGCCUCUGCAGGAGGGUCAGGAGCGGACAGAAGAGCAGGUCCGUGCUCGUGGCCGCUUCCGCAGGGCAGCACAGAUGGUUUGCCGAUUCAUCAGGUGCAUUUGGCGUGAAGACAGCGCUUUCCUGACCACCGGGGACACGGCAAACUCUGACCUCGUCAAUGCCGAGACCAGUGCUGCCCUGCUGCAUUUGCUUGUGGACAGUGGGGUCUACAGCGGGAAGCAAGUGCCGGCCCUAGUCAGGUGCAUCCACCAGUGGCUCGCAUCCAACGUGUCUGCUGAGCACAGGCUGGACAAGACUCUGGUGCUGCUGACCGAGGCACACCCCGCGGAUGUUGCAGUGACUCUCCUGCGCUCUGCCCCAUCCUGUGACAGAGCUGCUCGCACCAUGUGGAAGACGCUCAUCUCCUCGAGAAAAACUCAGGGGCCGGUGUUGCAGAUACUCUUCCUUGUGCUGGAAUACUGGCCAGCGCACAGGAGAUGCACCUCUGAUGGGGAUGACACGGAUGUCUUUGCCCUGGCUGCAACUGUGGCACUCUGGGAGAUCCUCCAGCUGUCCUGGUGCCCAGGUGGAGUGAAGGACAAUUCCCGCCUCCUUCUGACUCUGCUCUUCCAAGUUUUCAUCAGCACAGAGGAGAUGUCACAGGAGGUCGACACCUUCUGGAGGCGCUGCCGGGAGCAACGCAGCCUUCCCACCGCCCCCAACAGGUUUGCAGUGCAGACCAUUAAAGCCCUGCUCGGCCAGCUGGUGGAUGAGGAUGUGUUGCUGGAAAUAGAUCGCAAGUGUGUCUGGGACAUGCUCCUCAACACUGACACCCACCACUAUGCAGUGGGUCUACUGGCCAGGGAGCUGCGCUGUGUCUCCCACUCCUUUUGCCGCAGCAUCGCCAUCAGCCUGUUCUCUCUGCUCAGCAGCGAAGAGCCCCUCUGGGAAGUCCCUGGCCUGGCAUUCCUGGUGGAGGUGCUGACCUGCCUGAAGACCAUCCAAAAUGCUGGCAGAGCCCUGCAAAUCCUUUCCAGGCACCUGCACAGGGACUGCCCGCAGAGGCGUCGCCUGGCUCUCAGAGGCCUCGAGGCCUUCAGCAAGGCUCCCGCAAUGGCCAAGAGCAUUUGGAGCCUGAAUGAAAGCCUCCUGGAGCUACUGCAGCAUGCAGACAGAGACGUGGUUCAGAUGACCCUCUCUGUGUUCAUCAAUGUGCUCCAGACCAAAACCAUCCAAAUAUCAGGCCCCACUGCCCUGAAGUUGCUUGAGGCACUGCGACCACUCUUUGACGACGACAACAGCCAGCUGCAGCAGCUCUCCAUGGUCCUCUUCCAUCACGGGAUGGACGUGACAGAGAGAAACAAGAUGCUAAAGCCACACGUGCACCAGAGGCUGCUCCCGCUCUACUUCAACUGGCAUGACGAGAACCAGCGUGUGGCAGAGGCCUCUCGGGAAGCACUGUGUGGUGCAGCCAGGUUCCUGAAGUGGAAGAAUCUGGAGCAGUUGGUGACCCUGGAGCAGCCAUGGAGGUUUGGCGAGUGCCUGCUGCAAAAGGACAGCAGCCGAGUGGCCCAGUACGUGCGCCAGGCCCUGCCGUACCUGCAGAGCCCACAGGAGCCCCUGCGAAGGGCGGCCAUCAAGUUCAUGGGGAUCGCCGGCAGGUACCUGAGGGAGGAGCAGCAAGAGCUGCAGCUCAUCUACCAGGCCCUUCAAGCCAUGACUGACGACAGCCCUGCCAUCUCAAAUCUGGCAGCUCAAACAAUCUACAUCAUCCAAGCUGUCCAGAGAGCUCCAUUCUUCAAAUUCUGGUAG